GCAUGCUACGUACUAGCUGUUACCCUUGCGUCGUUUAUUCCUAUGUAAGAGCGAUCUUGCCGUUGACUUAUACGUAGGACUUGGCCCAUGAACUUCGGCUUACGCGAGUGUUGCAACAGAAGAACCCAAAAUGGCGAUGGAAAUUAUUAAAGUCGUGGAAGAGGCACACGAAUCGCCUGUUAGCAGCAUCGCAUACAACCGCGUGCUGAAGGAGCUAUAUAGUUCUGCGGACGGAGAUAAAGUUAUUCGAGUGUGGGACGCCAAGACCGGAGCGUUGCUGCGUACACAGCAUGGGCACAAAGGGGCUGUAACAUGCCUUGCGUAUUCCAGCACGUGCAAACUGCUGUUCUCGUCAUCGAUCGACAACACAAUAGGGAUAUGGACAGACAAGGGCGUGAACUUGCAGAUGGCGUCAGCCGACAUCGGGCCGCUGUUCUCGCUGGCGUGGGACAGCAAACACCGGUACCUGGCUGUCGGUGGCAACGCGGUGGUCUUGCUGUUUAAAGUUGACUUGCUGGAAGCACGCAAGACGACGCAGCAGCAGCGGUCGGUGGCAUCCGGUCUGAAGGACACGACGGUGGCGCUUGACCCGCCCCAAAUCCUGAAGCGGCUACACCCUCCCUUCCGCGGCCCCGACUUCUGCCACACGGAUGUGGUGUCCUGCAUGAUCAUCACAGAAACCGGGAAGAUCGUAACGGGCGGGUACGACAAGUGCAUCUGCAUGUACGAGUACGACAAACUGGACAAGCCCAAGGAGGCCUUCCAGCGCGUGCGCAAGUGCCACACCGCCGCCAUCGUGUCCAUGGCUUACGACACGUACACCAACUCCAUCCUUACGGGCUCCAUAGAUGGCUCCAUGAAGGUCUGGAGCAUGGAGGGCAGGCUGCUAGACAAGUUCGAGUCCAUCAAUGACCAGCCGGUGGCGGUGGCCUACGUGCCCUCCACCAACAUGUACUGGGCCAGCGGCCGCUUCGGCCGCCUGGUGGCGUACGACCCGCGGGCGCCAGCCAACGUGACGCAGUACGUGCAGGAGAGCAGCGGUCUGGACCGGUACAACGUGGAGUACAUGUACGCGCCCAUGGGCACCGACAUGCUGCUGGGCGCCUCCAAGCAGCGGCAGCUCAUCAUGUGGCAGUACAACCACAUGGGCGCGUACAGGACGUUCCGCAAGCACGAGGACUGGGUGGAGGGCGUCAUCGUGGUGACCCCCUCCAAGGAGCAGCCGGAUGACGAGGACGAGGAGACACCGCCGGACGAGAUCUUCUCAUGCGGCGCGGACGGCAAGGUCCUCCGCUGGCAGCUGGACGCGGAGCAGAACUGCGACGUGUACGUGUGCAUGGAGGAGUGGCAGCUGCACACCCGCAACAUCUACUGCAUGGUCUACUCGCCCGCGCUCAACUGCCUCAUCACCGGGAGCGAGGACACCACCAUCCACCUGCACUACCUGCACAACGAGGUGCCCACCUACAACGACGUGCCGCUGCCCACCGACUUCACCGACCACGAGGCGCGCAUCUCGGGCCUGGCGCUGCUGCGCAACAACCUGCUCGCGUCCGCCUCCUUCGACAAGACGCUGCGCAUCUGGGACCUCACCACCAUGAAGCCCGUGGCGUGCGUGUUCAACGCGCACGACACGCCGCUGCAGUGCCUGGAGUACUCGGAGGAGCGCGAGGAGCUGGCCACGUGCGGCAUGGGCAACAAGGUCAAGAUCUGGAACGUCAAGCGGCCAGCGCAGGUAAAGCACGUGCUGAGCCUGGACCACGCAGACGGCCCAGACGCCACCGGCGACGAGGACGGCCCUCCCUCCCGCUCCGGCGCCCGCACCAACAUGAACUGGCUGACCAAGUCGGAUGUGCCCGGGGUGCCGUCCGCCACGGGCAUCGUGCUGGAGACCAUCCAGCAGGCCAACAGGGACGUGCCGGAGGUCACGCAGGUGCGGUGGGUGCAGUUCCGACACUGCUGGGUGACUGCUGCCGACGACGACACCAUCCGGCUGUGGAGCCCCGAGGGUCACAAGCUGCAGCAGUUUACCUACACGGGAGGCAGCGUGCAGUGCAUCUACGUGGACAACACCAACCGCCUGCUGGUGGCGGCAAUGCUCAAUCGUACGGCAUUCGUGUACGACCUAGACGACCCCAUGCCGCUGGCGAGGUACGCAGGCCACACGGACGUCAUCCGCGGCAUCGCCUACGUCAAGGACUGCGACUCCUACGUCACGGCCUCCUGGGACAAGUCGCUGCGCCUGUGGUUCCGCCCUAAAGACCGCAAGGCUGGCGGCAUCGGCGGCCCGGGCGCGGACGACGGCGAGGGCGGUACGGCACCCAACAUGCUGCUGCUGGAGUACGACGAUGACGAGGAGCACUUCGUGUCGGAGUACGAGAGAGCGCACCCACUGGAGAUGCCCAAGGCGCUUACGGAUAUCAACCCCAUGAAGCUGCUGCAAGGCAUGGGGGUGUACGACGACGAGGACGACGCGCCCGCCGGCGGCCGCAAGAAGGGCCGCCGCGGCCACAAGCUCCUGGCGGAGGCGGACCUAGGACUCGAGGCCGCACCUCCCGACCCGCCUGGCUCGCUGGGCGCCAAGCUGGACGACCUGGGUCGUACAUUGCUCAACGAGAUCAACGUGAUUGCGCACAAGGCUGCUGCGCGCGCAGCAGCCGGCGCCGGAGGGGCGCUUGGGGAUUUGGACGAGCGCGGGUCGACGAGGAGUAGCCAGGUGCCGGCGGCGGCGCAGCAGGCGGCGCAUGGGCGGGGGACGACACGGCCAGUGGGAGGUACGGGCGGGGCGGCGGCGGCGGGGCGAGGGACGACGGGCGUGGGGCGAGGGCUGGGCAAGUAAGGGUGGAGGGUGAGGUGUGUAUUAGGCAGGUUGGCAUGGGCCGUAUGGGGUAGGUGUAGGCAGGGUGUGUUGAGGAAACUAGCCGCGAGUAGGUAGGUGUUUAUGUGUACAUAUGGCAAUGGUGAGGGCGGGGUGCUUGGGGGGCGGGAAAGAAUCAGGAAGCGGACGGCGGCCCGGCGGGUUAAAUGGUGCACUGGACUGUGAACUAGAAUUCAGCUGUCCUACCGCUCGCGCUGUGAGUUUUAACACGCAGCUGCAUGGGUCGGGUAGGGGUGCAACGCUGGUCGGGUAGGGGUAAAAUAUAUGCGACGCUGCGGCCCUCUUGUGUGCGAUUAGCCGCGCGAACGUACGACAUUCAUCUUGCACUUGCAUGGCUCCCAAAGUGGGGCCACACGCAGGUCGUACUCGUGUGCACGGACAUGUCGACUAAGUGCAUAACGAGUUUACAGCUUUAUGUAGUGGCUAGAGAGGUGGAUUGGGGUGGUGCUUGCACUGGAUUCAGCGACCGGUCUGAGCUACGUGACUUGAGCUUGCUGAACAGUGGAGACGACUGCGCUUUAUUACGUUCUUGUGGUACACUGGUACAUGCAAUGGACGCUGUACAGCUGCUGCGCUGUGACGCUGCAUGGAAGGAAGCUGCCGUGUUCACCUGCAUUGGACACUAAACAAUCCCGCCUAUGCGUCGUUACAGAAAGAUAUAUCACACCCAUUCCAGGAUUGCAACGGACAGUAGAGCGUAGCGCAUCUGUGUGCUGUGUCUCGUUUCCGGCGCCAUGCACUUAACUAAGCC